AGUAUUCUCAGUUCCAGCCGCGGCAUUCACGGCACCACAAGCGCGCCUCCAGCUCUGACAAAAAACAACUGCACAAAUAAAAAUAAAAACAAAACAAUACAGAAACCACUUCGAAAGUGCAAUUGGAGUUACCAACCAACCAUAACCAAGGGCUGGCCAACGAAAUGUACUAAUUAAAAAAUAGCAAUUAAACAGAAAAACGCAAGUAACAGUCAGUCAGUUGGCGAAACGCGAAAAAAGGCAAUAAUAAAAAAUGGAAUUGAAAGCCGUUCAGCCGACAAAUGGAACAAAUGGCACAGCAAAUGGAACAACUACGGGAUCACCGGAAAAGACAGAUGCCGAAAAGCAGACAGCGGAACGUACAAAUUGGGGCAAUGGCUUAGAGUUCCUCAUGUCCUGUAUAUCGGUUUCGGUGGGAUUGGGCAAUGUCUGGAGGUUCCCAUUUACGGCCUAUGAAAACGGAGGAGGUGCCUUCCUGAUACCCUACAUCAUUGUGCUCUUUUUGAUUGGUAAGCCAAUGUACUAUCUUGAGAUGAUCAUUGGGCAGUUCACGAGUCAGGGAACGGUGAAGAUCUGGUCGGUGGUACCGGGUUUCGUGGGUGUGGGCUAUGGCCAGGCUUUUGGGACCAUCUGUAUUAUCUCGUACUACUCCUCACUUCUGGCCUUAACCCUCUACUACCUCUUCGUGUCCUUCCAAUCGGAGUUACCGUGGUCCUAUUGCCGUGAUGAGUGGACCAACUGCGUGAACUCGAGACCGCAGGACUCCACGGAAAACUUGUUCACCGGCAUGUCCUUGGCAAAUGAAUCAGCCAGAAAUUUCAGUCCCCUGGCCACCAACGAAACUAAACUCCAAAGCAGCUCCGAACUCUAUUUCCUGAAUGUAGUGAUCAAGGAGAAGCUGGACAUCUCGGACGGCGUUGGUGACCCCGAUUGGAAGCUUACGAUCGCCCUGUUCGUUUCCUGGGUGGUGAUCUUCCUGGUGAUCAUGCGCGGUGUGAAGAGUUCCGGCAAGGCGGCCUACUUCCUGGCCCUGUUCCCCUACGUGGUCCUCUUCGUCCUGCUGAUCCGGGCGGUGACCCUGGAGGGAGCCCGCGAUGGCAUUCUCUUCUUCCUGGAGCCCCAGUGGGGUGAACUCCUGAACCCCACCGUUUGGAAGGAGGCGGUAGUGCAGUGCUUCUUCUCGCUGGCCGUCGGCUCUGGACCCAUCAUUAUGUUCGCCUCGUACAAUCGAUUCGAUCAUGGGAUCUAUAGGGAUGCCAUGAUCGUGACCACACUAGACACGUUGACCAGUCUGCUGGGCGGCAUCACGAUAUUUGCCAUUCUGGGCAAUCUGGCGCAUAAUCUGCAGAUCGAAAAUAUUCGCGAUGUGGUGCGAAGUGGCACGGGAUUGGCCUUCAUCUCGUAUCCGGAUGCCAUAUCAAAGUUCCAGGCGGUACCGCAGCUUUUCUCGGUACUGUUCUUCUUCAUGCUCUUCGUCCUGGGAAUUGGAUCCAUUGUGGCCCUGCAGAGCACCAUUGUGACCAUCAUAUGCGAUCAGUUUAAGGGAUGGAAGUACUGGAAGGUGGCGCUGACCACCUCCGUCUGUGGAUUCCUCAUGGGGUUGGUCUACGUAACGCCGGGAGGUCAGUGGAUCUUAACUCUGGUGGAUUUCUAUGGCGGAACCUAUGUGGUCUUUAUUUUGGCCAUUUUCGAGUUGGCUGGCAUUGUGUGGAUUUAUGGUCUGCAGAAUUUCUGCGAUGACAUCGAGUUUAUGUGCAAUCGCCGGGUUUCACUGUACUGGCGUAUGUGUUGGUCCUUCUUCACACCGGUCAUGAUGAUUAUUAUAUUUAUAUACUCGAUGGCCACCAUCGAACCAAUUAAAUACAGCGAACUGUACUUCCCUGAAGCCGCGAACGUUGCUGGCUGGUUGCUCUUUGCAAUUGGAGCUGCCCAGUUUCCUAUGUGGGGCAUCUGGUAUAUCUCUCGUCAUCCGCAAGGCACCAUUUGGAAUUCCUUCAAGGCCUCUCUGAAGCCCAGCGAUCGAUAUGGUCCUGCAAAUCCAGAUAUUAGGCGUGAGUGGGUCAUCUUCAAGAACCAGAAGGCCGCCCAAAGAGCUUCCCAAAAAGAAACGUCCAAGCUGGGAUUCUUCUGGCGGAAAGUGACAAAUUUCUGCGGCAGCAACAAGUAAAAGUCUAUGUAGAGUGGGGAGCAGAUGUGGGGAUAUCGUGGGGAUAUCAGAGAUUACGAUUAACCAUAACCACUUGUUAUUUAUAUACGCCAUUGUCAGCCUCUAUGAAGCCAUCACAAAUGCGAAGCAAAACUUCGACCGAAUAUACCGCAUCUAUCAAUAAAUAGAGAACUUUUUUUUUGUUAUUCUACGUAUAAAUUUCAUUUCUAUAUGUGAUAAUAUUGAGCAGAAAUAAAAUCAUUAUUGUUAUCGAA